UAAUUUUUAAAUAUCAUCGUGUCUUGGUUGAUAUUGAAGAGAGAUGAUGUUGUAACAAAAGAAACUUAAUUAUCGUUACCUUAAUUUUACAUUUUCUGUUUCUCGAUUAAAGAUCCUUUCUCUCUCUAUUUUUCGCCAUCUUCCGAAAUUGAUCGCCGGAAAAAACCGCUGUCUAAAAAUAUCCGGUCAUUUCUCCGAAGAUCUCUUCGAUCAAUCCAACGAAGAAGCGUAGUGGGAGAUUUUCGUUGGAAAAAGCAUUCGAAUCUGAAUCGUCUUCCAUUGCAUGAUUGAUCCAUUUUGAGUUCCUCUCCACUGAAUCUCGUCGUGAUAUCUCCAGUUUCGGAAAACCUAGGGUUUAAAUUUAGGGAGAAUCGAGGAAACUAGGGUUCUUGGAGGUCCGUUCUAGUGCGUAAGCCAUGUUUAAGAAGAUCAUGAAAAGUGGGAGCCGAAAGUCCUCUAGAAACGAGGCGAAUGAUCCGUCUAUGUUCGGGUUUGAUCCACCGGGUCGGUCUGGUCUUGGGUCCAAUAUGGUUGUAAAUCACGCAUCCCGUGGUUCGCCGUUUCCUUCCUCUCCGGGCUCAGUGCCGGCGGCGACACAACCGCCUCCCAUGUAUUCAGUCGAGCCUCUCCCUAUGUUCAGGGACGUGCCCGUUCCCGAGCGCCAAUCCCUGUUCCUGAGGAAACUGCAGAUUUGCUGUUUCCAGUUUGAUUUUACAGACACGAUGAAGAGUGCGAGGGAGAAGGAGAUUAAGAGGCAGACGUUAUUGGAGCUAGUGGAUUUUAUACAGUCCGGAUCGGGGAAGAUCAACGAAGUUUGUCAGGAAGAAAUGGUGAAGAUGAUAUCCGUCAAUAUAUUCCGGUGUCUCCCUCCGGCUUCACACGAGAAUACAGGUCAAGAGCCGGCGGAUCCUGAGGAAGAGGAGCCGUAUUUGGAACCUUCUUGGCCUCAUUUACAGCUAGUUUAUGAGCUUCUGCUGAGAUACGUUGUUCCUUCCGACACGGAUACAAAGGUUGCGAAGCGUUACAUUGACCAUUCCUUUGUGUUGAGGCUGCUUGAAUUGUUUGAGACUGAGGAUCCAAGAGAAAGGGAGUACUUGAAAACGAUUCUUCAUAGGAUUUAUGGGAAGUUUAUGGUGCACAGGCCCUUUAUCAGGAAAGGGAUCAACCACAUAUUCUAUAGGUUUAUUUACGAGACAGAGAGACAUAGCGGGAUUGGGGAGCUUUUGGAGAUUCUGGGGAGCAUUAUAAAUGGGUUUGCCUUGCCGAUGAAGGAGGAGCACAAGCUCUUUUUGAUCAGGGCGUUGAUUCCGCUGCAUAAGCCGAAACCUAUCGCCAUGUAUCAUCAGCAGUUGUCUUACUGCAUCGUUCAGUUUGUGGAGAAAGAUUAUAAGCUUGCGGAUACAGUGAUCAGGGGAUUGCUAAAGUUUUGGCCUGUGACGAACUGCACAAAAGAGGUUCUCUUCCUUGGUGAACUUGAAGAGGUACUCGAGGCAACACAACCUGUUGAGUUCCAACGCUGUAUGGUUCCUCUGUUCCAACAGAUUGCUCGCUGCCUCAAUAGCUCUCACUUUCAGGCGGUUCACGGUCUAAGCUCGAACAUAAAGAGAAUGUUCAUGGAGAUGGAUCCUGAGCUCUUUGAAGAGUGCCAGCAACAGUACGAAGAGAAACAAGCCAGAUCGAAAGAAGUGGAAGAGCAACGCCAAAACCAACAAGGCAAAAGCGAGAGAGGCGCAGAACAAGAGUUAGGGUUUAAACAAUCGUCGAUGGAACUCCGAAUUGGGAAUAAGUUCCGGCUUGGCCGGAAAAUAGGGAGCGGCUCGUUCGGAGAUAUAUACCAUGGAACUGAUACUCAGACUAACGAAGAGGUCGCCAUAAAGCUUGAAAGCGUGAAGACUGCUCAGCCGCAAUUAUUAUAUGAGUCGAAGAUAUACAGAGUUCUCCAAGGUGGAUUUGGGAUCCCAAACAUGAAAUGGUAUGGUGUUGAAGGAGACCAAUACAGUGUUUUGGUGAUGGAUUUGCUUGGUCCAAGCCUUGAGAAUCUGUUUAGUUACUGCAACAGGAGAUUCACCUUGAAGACGGUUCUCAUGCUGGCUGAUCAGAUGAUAACCCGUCUCGAGUGCCUCCAUUCUGAGUCGUACAUUCAUCGUGACGUGAAGCCGGAGAAUUUUCUCAUGGGUUUGGAAGGAAGCAGACGUGCAGAUCAGGUCUACAUCAUAGACUUUGGCUUGGCUAAGAAAUUUAGAGACAGCUCAACACGCAGACAUAUCCCGUACAGGGAGAACAAAAGCCUUAUUGGGACUCCGAGAUAUGCGAGCUUGAACACUCACCUAGGGAUCGAGCAAAGUCGGAGGGACGAUAUGGAAUCUCUUGGUUACAUCCUCAUCUACUUCCUCGAGGGAAGCCUCCCAUGGCAGAAACUCAAAGCUGGUGGGAACAAGAAACAGAAGCACGAGAAGAUUAGGGAGAAGAAGGUAUCUACUUGCGUCGAGGCGUUAUGCAGAGUUCAUCCAACAGAGUUUGAAUCCUACUUGAAUCACUGCCGCUCGCUUAGGUUUGACGAUAAGCCGGACUAUGCUUACUUGAAGAGACUAUUCCGCGAGCUUUUCAUUCGCCAAGGUUUCCAGUUUGAUUUUGUGUUUGACUGGACGGUGCUCAAGAAUCAGCAAUCACAAUCUGGAGACGUGAAGCAGAGGAACAAGAACGUUGACGAACCUGGGACUGCAGAGGAUACGCUGAUACCUGGAUCAAGAAGACGAGUCGUGGACUCGAGUACUCGUGAACCAUUCCGUGGCGGGAGUGACAAUACAAACUUUGAAACCGCACUCAACGUUUUUGAUGGUUUGAGGAUUAGUAACAAUGAAGGUGAUGACUGA